CUGGCUGAGUCAGAUGGACUGCUCCCAACUUAGAAUGACAGAAACAGGCAGACCAACUCUUUUCCGUAAUCAGAGUGGCUGAAAACAUCAAGAGGACUCUAAAAUACACAGAAAUUCAACAUCGGGGUCCGCAAAGGGAAGAGCAGGGGGAUAUUACCAAGAUGGAGGAGUGUGAGAGUUUGGAGUCGGAGAUGACGGAGCUUCAGGAGUUUGAGGGCGAGGCUUCAGAGGCCAUCAGCCAGGACGACGAGGACGAGGUGGAGGAACUGCAGAACAGUCUGCGAGAGGUAGUCCAGGAUCAGUCUGUGAAGCCCAAACUCCAGUGCCUAAUGGUGGAUCCGUCGUUCUCUAUGGUAACAGUUCAGAGUGAGGACAGUGGUAUUGUUUGGGAGACGGCCUCAAGCCGCUGCUCUACCCCCUGGGCCUCUGAGACCAGCUCCAUCUCUGAAGCCUACAGCAUGGAGGGCCCUGGAGCCGCAGGAAAGAUCACCAUCGUCUUUGACGAGGAGAAAAUAGUCCGCAGGAGGACGAGGUCUGGAGGAAGGAGCAGCAGGCUGGGAGAUAGGCUGAGCCGACCUGGUAGUUCGAGAUCGGCUUCAGCCCUAGGAGUGGAGAGACUGGAGAUGGCAGAGGUCUCUCUUCCCAAUGUCAAACAGGAGAAAACUGAAACAGUGCCAGACUUGGAGGAAAUUAAAAACAAAGAUCAACAGCUGUUUAGUUUGAUUUCAGAGGGUUAUGAGAUUCUCAACAUCAGAGUCCCCUCCAAACUUCCCACUGUGGAUGAGGAGGAGAGCACAGAGCUGCAGGACAAUUUGUCUUAUUUGGACCAGACUCCAAAGAUCAGGUCCCGAAACCACCAUGACUGGACACUGGGACAGAAUCAUGUCCUGCCAGAGGAGGGAGAAAUACUGGAUCACCAAGAGCCCUCAAAGCAAAACUCCUCUCAGCCAGCAGACACAGAGCUCACACAAACACCCACUCAGAAAGAGAGCACUGGUGAUAUAGACUACUUCGAGAAGUUUACCCUGGUUGAUGUGGCGGCUCCUGGGGAACAAGCUCCAGAGCUGCAGAAGGAGGCAGAAAAACCUGCAGCAGAGUCCCAAGCAGAGGAGCAAAAGCCAGCAAAGGAGACAACCACAGUCAGCCCUUCUGCAUCAGAGGACUCCUUUGUCUUUGUUACAGAUGUGGAGAUAGUCGGGGAGCACCUGGAUGAGGUCUUCUAUGGAGAGGGAGCUCCUGCUGAUGCGCUGCAGCACAGAGAAGACGAUGAGGGUAGGGUGAGAAUGAGACGAGAGAGCCAGAGAUCUGUGAAGGAGAACGGUUCUGUGUUGUUUGGGAGUGAACAGACCGUCCUCACACCCAUCUUUAUCUCCCCUGGACCCCCUAAGAUUAUCGACCCCAUCCUGCUGGAGGAGCCCACUGCUAUGUCCUUCAUGUACUCAGACCUUUAUGAGGAUGCUGUGGGCGAGAGGAGGAAGAGCAUUGGAGAGCAGUCUGAGACAGAGAGCGUGGCAUCUGAGAGGGCUUAUAAGAGACGAUUGUCAGAUUCAGAGGAAGCAGACGGGUACCUGGAGAAGUUUACUUUGAAAGAUGAUACUCCCAUUGUUGAGGUUCCACCAGCAGAGGAUGAGAGUGUGCAGAGGAUGAUGUGGUCACAGAGUAAGUUUGAAAUGACAGGAUGUCUGACAAGAGCAGUCAAAGAGGAGGACAAGGACAAGACAGAGGAACCAAAGACACAGGAGGUCAGUGUUGGAGAUGGGAGCAAAGUUUUACAAUCAGCAACAUCUGAAGAGAAAAGAGAAUUAGUUACUGAGACAGUAACGGCAAAGGAGGAAACACAACUCUCUCUGGUGACUGAAGAGCCGGCUGUCAGAGAAGCCUCGGAACAAUCACUUCAGGAGUCUAAACCGAGAGAGGAUCAGAUGGUGGAUCAGGAGAUGAAACUCGAGGUAAAGACGGAGCCUCCUGAGAGCAGCACUGAUAAACCACUUCCUGAAACUCCGCAGGUGGACUGUAAAGUGGAGAAAACAGAGGAGAGUGAGGAGCAUCAGAAAGAAGUGCCUGCAGAAACAACCAGCAUUACUGAAUCUGAUCCGCCAUGUCAGGCACAAACAGAGGUGGAAAAAACAGCGCAGGUGGCUGUCAAAGCUGCAGAGGAGACAGCUGUGAUCACACCUGUAAGCAGUGAGGAGCCUCACAUCACCACUGACAAGAGUUUGUCUGGGGUUGCAGCCGAUGACACUAAGAUGGCAGCUACUGAUGAGAAAGUCAUAACUGAGGCUCCAGCUGAAGUAAAAGAAUCUGAGACUGAAGAACAAGAAAUGCUUCCCUCUGCUGAAACAGAGACAUCUGCUGAAACAUCUCUGCAUAAAGAAAAAGAAGCAGCAGAAGUAGUUCCUGAGGGCAUACCACCUGUUGAGGUUGUCACUGAUUGUGAUUCUGCAGUGCACGCGGUGGUGGAGGUGACUGAAAAAGCAGUGGACGAAAAAGAGAUCAAAACUCAAGUUCAGAUUGAUCUUCAGGAGGUUACAAGUGCUGAGACAACAGAUGUUCAAACAACCGAAGGAAAGAAAAAACAUGAAGCUCUAACAGCGGAAACUGCACCUGAGAGCCAGUCGCCUGAGAUUAUUUCUGAUCAGGAGUCAGAGGUUAAAGCAGAGAUUUCAGGUGAAGUAACUGAACAUGCGAUGCCAGAAGAAGUCGAGACAGAUCUGGAUAAGAAACACCUUGAAAUUCCUGAAUCCAAGCAGCAUCAGCAAGAUGAGUCAGCAACUGACAGCGAGCUGGUAGCUGAAGCCAAAGAUAAAACACCCACAGAGGAUACUGGGACUGCAGCUCAUGAGACUGUAGGUGUGGGCGAUGAGGUAAUCCUCCUUGUUCCAAAGGGACAAGCUGUAGAGAUGGACAUAGAGAUCAGUCCAUCAUCAGAGAAUACUACAAGUGAAACAAUAGCUCUCCCUGAACCUGACAGCACAUUUGAACCUCUCAUAGCCCCUAAAACCACCACAACAUGUCCAGAGACUCUUCAGGCACCACACGAGGAAACAAUAACAGAGCCUCAACUGGAAGAAAAACCAGAUGUUCUAAAGGAAGAAGCACUACCCAGAGACAAGUUAGAUGAUAGAUGUUCUCCUCCAGCACCUGUGGAGGAGGCCAGCUCAGAGAAGCAGAGGAUGGAGUGGGAUUUUGAAGAAGACAAGGGCGUCUUUGCCCCUCUGAGGAGCUUUACUCCGCUGGAGGAUUUGUCUGUGCUACACAGAGAGGAUAUAGAGUCAGAAGCAGCAGUUGUAGAACAAAACAUAGAGAUACAAAAGGUGGAAGAUGCUCCAGAGACAAGCAUUGUUAAAGAGGAUUCAACUCUAGAGAUUGAUAUGCACAAAGAGGAUGUAGAACAAGAUGUAGAGAUGCACAAGGUGGAGGAUGUACCACAAGCAACUAUUGUUGAAGAGGUAUCAAGGCCAAAGCUCGAUCUGCACAAAGAGGAUGUAGAAGAAGAUGUAGAGAUCCCCACGGUGGAGGAUGCACCAGAAGCAAAUAUUGUUGAGGAGGUAUCAAUGCCAGAGAUUGAUCUGCACAGAGAGGAUGUAGAAGAAGAUGUAGUGAUGCACAAGGUGGAGGAUGCACCAGAAACCAAAACUGUUAAAGAGGUAUCAAGGCUAGACAUUGAUCUGCAUAGGGAAGGUGUAGAGAUGCACAAGAUGGAGGAUGCUCCACAAACAAUUAUUGUUGAAGAGGUAUCAGGGCCAGAGAUUGAUCUGCACAGGGAAGAUGUAGGACAAGAUGUAGAGAUGCACAAGGUAGAGGAUGCUCCAGAAACAAAAACUGUUGAACAGAUAUCAAGGCCAGAGAUUGAUCUCCACAGAGAGGAUGUAGAAGAAAAGAUGGAGCAAGCUGAGGCAGUUCCAGAAGUACCUGUCGAGGAGCUUGAAUAUGAGGUCAUAUCUGAACAGGAUGCGAAAGAGAUGCCGGAACCUGAAACACUGAGAGAUGCAGCGGAACCAAAACCCGAGCCUGCUCAGGAGAGGGAUGAGGGGAUGCAGGUGGAGAUGGCAGUGGAGGUAGAGGAGAAGGAGGAGGAAGUGUUUGGUCUGUCCCCAGAUGAGGAGCUCUUUGAGGCUGACUAUGACAUCAUUGAUGCAGAGGAGGAGCGGCAAGCCCGACUGGCCGCUGAGCUGCAGGGAAUGGACUGGUUCUGUCUCACCUGUGAACGUCUGCUGUCAGAGGACGACUGCAUGUCUGGGGAGCAUCACAGCCAUGACGUCACUGCAGUGGACAAAGCCUAUGAGGAAAUCAAGGAGAAGCUGGGUGACUGGAUCUCCGAGCUUCAGGGGAGGUCAGAAAACAUCGAGGACCUGGUGUCUGAGCUCGAACUGGCCUACAACUCUGUAGAGGACCAGUGUGUGGAGAUUGAGGCAGCGAUGCGGGUGCAGAAUGAGGAGAUGAUGGCUAUGGUGAUGGAGCAGUACAACAACAUGUCUAUCAGCAUGGAGGAGGAGAAGAAGGCCAAGCUGGAGCAGCUAUAUGACCAGAUUGUCUCCUUCCAGGAGAGCAUCGACUCUGCCAAGGCCACUCUGGAGACCACGGACAGAGAGGCUGAUACUGACGCACGGUCACCUGAAGACAUUCAUACAAGGCUCAAGGCAGCUCUGGACUCAACCAUGUCACUGGAGCUGGGUCCCAAGGGACUGCUGGUAUUCGAGGACUAUGCCAAGGGUAACACUUCCAGCUCUCACCUUGCACAGCGCAAGGGAAUCCCAGUGCCUCAAAAGCCCACGCUGCAGCCUCAGGAGCCAGGCUCGGCCACCAGCACCAGCGUCACAGUUUACUGGAAGGUCAACCCUGGAGAUAUCAUAGACUGCUUCCAGGUCUACUGCAUGGAGGACCCACAGGGAGCGGUGUCAGAAGAGUACCGUGUGACAGUGAAGGAGAGUUAUUCUGUCCUGGAGGAGCUGGAGCCUGACAAGACCUACAAGGUGUGGGUGAUGGCUGUCAACUAUACAGGCUGCUCUCUGCCCAGCGAGAGACUCUCCUUCAGAACUGCUCCAUCAGUGCCAGUUAUUGACACAGAGCGCUGUACUGUCAUGUGGGACUCAGCCACGCUGAGGUGGAGCUCAGUAAAUCCGACUCGCGAGCAGAGUUACACCCUGGAGUACUGUCGCCAGUAUGAACUGGAGGGAGAGGGACUCAGGUCCAUCUCAGGUAUCAAAAGCUGUGAACAGAGGGUUCUCCUGCAGCCCAAUGAGAAUUAUUUGUUUUACAUCAAAGCUAUGAAUGAGUCUGGAGCCAGUGAACAGAGCGAGGCUGCCCUCAUUUCUACCAAAGGGACAAGGUUCCACCUGCUGAAAGCCUCAGCUCACCCUGCUCUGGAGCUAUCUGUGGACCGGACCACUGUGCACUACUCUCAGGACACACAUGAAAACACACCAUUCACAGACAAACAGUGUCCAUCUAUCCUUGGUGAGUUGUUGCCAGCACAAGGACAUUACUACUGGGAGACCAUUGUGUUAGGGAGCACAGCUUACAGGCUGGGAGUGGCGUACAACACAGCCAACAGGAACAGCCCACUGGGAGAGAACAGCCUGUCAUGGUGUUUGCAGUGUAUCCCUACACCAUCAGGCUGCAGGUAUCAGCUGCUCCACAAUGACGCUCAGUCCAGCGUGUUUGUGAUUGACAUGCCCGAGCGAGUAGGCACUCUCCUGGAUUACCAGCUUGGUUGUCUGUCUUUCUACAAUGCCCAAAGUGGUCAGCUGUUAGGCACUUUCUGCCAGCGCUUCACCCAGCCAUGCCACCCUGCUCUGGCCCUGGAGAUGCCGGGCAGCCUGGAGGUCAGCAUGGUGCUGGAGGUGCCCGAGUUUGCAAAGGACAGCUAGCUCUGCUGUUUGCCUCACACACUGAGGAGUUUACAGUUCAUGUUGGACAUAUAUUGAUUUGAAUGAUCUUACUGUAUGAUUAUAAUGACCAUUAUUGCAUUACUGAGAAGCUGCAGACAAAAAUACACUGGUGUCCACAGUAAAGACAGGAGACAUACUGCAUCCCCCUUCUUCUAAAGAGGCCUCACUGAUGGGUUUUUAGCAGAGGUGGGAUCGAGUCGUGGGUUCGUAAGUCACAAGUAAGACUUGAGUCUUUGCACUCAAGUCCUAAGUCAAGACAGGCAAGUCCCGAAUCAAGACUGCUGGGUCUCAAGUCCUGAAGUUUGAGUUCCGAGUCCUAAACAAGCCAUCAUGUUGCCUGGGUCCAGACCUGCCCACUACUCUGAGUUUGACUGUAACAAGGUGACAACUCUGUCAAGUCAUAAUGGGAUCUCUACCAAAUUCAAUCUCAUUUUAACAAAGAAAGAAUAUAAUAAAUUAACAAAAAUCAUUAAUGCUUUAUAAAUAAAUAAAUAUUUGUUAAAACAAGUGGGACUGAACUUAAUCAGAAAAAAAGUAGCGCUGCACUUUCAUAGCAUAUAGCACUAUUACCCAGUACCACAAUAGAACUUUUUUUUUUGUGUGUGUCUGUCCUCUCUCAUUGUUUUUAACUCAUCUCAUAUUGAUAAAAUGUCCAUAACUUUCUCUUCCUAAAUUGGCUUGGGGGAAGGUAUCAAGUAUUUUCAAGUCAUGAGGCUCAAGUCCGAGUGAAGUCAUAGUGUUAGAAUCCAAGUUGAGCACAAGUAUUUUUUGAUAUUGUCAAUUCUAGUCAUCACAUUUGUGACCCUAGUGUGAUCUGAGUCCAAGUCAUGUGACUCGAGUCCUCGCCUAUUGUUUUUUGUGAGAUUGAACCUAUUCAAUACAGUGCAAGUUUUAUUUAUUUAAGUUUUUUUUUUUUUUUUUUACAGGAGAUCAAUUCAACAUUUAUUUCUUUGUUAACAUAAAUUAAAAUGUCUUGUAAAUAUAAAAACCAGAAGCAAUGAAAAUGAAUCAUCACGGUGUGAAAUACAGAUCGAAAAUUAGUGCCAUUCUAUUCACGUGAGUGUCUUGCAUAUUGUUUUGUCGAGGGAGAAAUGAAACGUUGAUCACUUCAUAAACUUGACCAUAACAUAUGCUGAUGUGAUUGAUUUGUACUGCUCUGUUCAGUUUCAUUUUUAUUUAAACCCUGACUGGUAGGUACUGUGAGGUGAGUGCUGCAUAUUGAGAUUAAACACUCUGUAUAAUAACUGAGACAAACAAUAGUUAAAUAUUUAGUUUAGACACUGAGUUUAGCUCCCAGAAACAAACUGUGGCACUUCUGAUCUGUGUUUCAUAUUGUGAAUGUGUAAAUAACCUUUGUAAGCAGAUGUGAUCACUUCUAUAUUUUGUUAUGUGCGACUCGCAGUAGGUGGAGAUGAAUUGUUUUCCUUUCUUUGUCCUGUAAACUGAUUCUAAUGUCUGAGCUGAAUGAACAUGUUUAUUUUUCUAUUUGCACAACUGGACUGAUGGUUUGUUUCAUGCUCAUUUCUAACAUACAUUCACCACUAGAGGGCCUCGACGCUCCAUUAGCGCUGGCAUUGGCUCCAAAUCAGGCUCAAAUACAUUUCUGCCACCAAUCUUCACAACUUCUGCAAAACCUAUUAUGCACUUAGACUCCCAGAUCGCUUUUGAUGACUUACAGCUACUGUAGAUUUGGAAGCCAUACGCCGAGCUGACAGAGCUACAUGGUUCUCCAGGGGACAUGCCAUUUCUCAAUUAUUAUGUCACUAUUUUUUCCAGGCACUCAAACCCUUUCCCAUCAUUCUGACACCUUUGCUCUUUUCUGGGGAAACAGAGAGGAGAGUGAGAGGAAGAAGAGGAGCAAACACUUGUAGACCAUAACAGCUGCUGGCUUCAAUGUGAUCUGUUGGGCUGCUCCGGUGACAGUUCUUUGAAAAGUGAAAGCCUCUUUUUACUGGGGCUGAUAACACUGGGAUGGGAAGUUGGAACAGUUUGUUUUAUAGCAGGACUCAGGAAGGAUCUGUUCUUGUGACAGUGGAAAGAUAGGACCCAGUGUCACUGCUGCUGACUGUUUUUGUACCUCAUGUCAGCCCCAGACUUCUUUGACACUAUCAGAUAAAAUUUGUUUUACAAAUCUCUUUCUAGCUCAGAAAAAUAAAACAAGG